AUGGGUUUCGAAUCUAUUGUUGGAAUCCAAUCAAGAUCCCGCUAUGAGAAGCUCAAUGGUGGCGAUGAUCACGAAAAGUUAAUGGCAAGGCCAAGAAGAAGGCAUUGUUGGGUGAAGAAAAUGAAUGGAGGAGUAAAGGGUCUACGCUUAUCCCGCUCCAGGAGACUUACUUUCAAGGCACUGUCUGUGAUCCUAAUGCCAAGCCCAAGCAGCAGGAUUGCCAAAGUGUAUGCUCAUAUUAUUGAUAGAAUCAAGAUCAUGGAUGAUCUGAAUCUGUAUCCCAAUAUUAUCUUUUCCUCUCAUUUGGGGCUUCCAGUUUUAUCCCAUCCUCUUCCCUCUGUUAAAAGUGAUAGAAGGCCGAAUCAUACCACUGUGUCGCCCAGAAAAACAGGAUUACAAGAAUAUCAACUCUCCGGCCUUUACCAGUUCAAUGGGCAAUGGGAGGCUUGGCAGAAAUAUGAUCCUCUGGCCUUCUCUUUUGAUACUCUCCUUAAUCCUGAUGACCUAAUCCAUGAUACAAACCUACCUGUUAAAAGCACCUACAGCAAGAAAAUGAGGGGAGCAUAUCGCAAAAUGUGGCUGGUGGUGCCCUGCACAAGCAAGAAAAUUUUGCGAACAGAGUCGAGGAAAGACAUAGAAGAAAUACUCAAGAGUAAGCUUGGAACCAUCCAGGAAGAUGAGGCAGAAUGCGAGGUGGAGAAUAAUCUAACUCCAACAAUACUGGGAAGGAGCAAGAAAAGAUCAUCAACAAUAAUUAGAAAGAAGGGGCACUGUUUUGUGGCUCACUUCAGCUUUAAAAAUCGCAUGCCGUUCAUGACUUCUGGGAUGCAGGCUUUCCUCCAUAGAGACAUCGUUGAUAAUUAUAAGGAAGAUGACGAUGAUAUCGAUGAUCAACAGGACAAAUCAAGCAACGGGUAUAGGUCCCCCACUGGCAAUAACAACAACAGCAGCAAGAAGAACAAGAUUAUGAUGAUGCUGAAAAAGAAGAAGAAGAAGAAAGAAAACGUUUCUUUCACAGAGAGAUACAAUAGUGAUCGAUCACGCGGUGAUACUGCAAGUGCGGUAAAUAAAAUUAAUCCCACCAAGCCAAACAAAGGACUCCUCUUUCCGUUCAAUAAGCCCAACAAACUUUUCUUUAAGAAAAGCACCCCUUCUUCUCCUUCUCCUUCUCCUUCUCCUUCUCCAAAUACUGCUGUUGCUAGUAAUGCUUGUUUUCCAGUUCAGUCACAAUUAUUGGUGAAGGCUAGGGAAAUUCACAAGCAUAUUGGUAUUCAGAGGGCGUGGCUUCAGCAUUUUGGUCCUUUCUCAAUAUCUUUGGAUUUUUCAAAUGAUGAAAUCUUAGACAUGUUGAAAUCCUUGAUUGAGAAGGAUGAUUUUAUUCCAAAGAAUGCAGCGCCAUUUUUAGGUAUAUUGAUGGUGAUGGUGAUGAUAUUGGAUGCUUCAAGUACCCCGAUAAUGCUUCAUCAAUGCAAUUGUGCUUUUAGGUGCAUUAGUUUUAAGGUUGUGGGUAGCUCUGUAAGCCAAGAUGUGGAAAGCAAGGGCUCAAACAUGGAGAAGCCCCUAUUGGAAUAUGCUAAAUCACUGAGAUUGAGGUUCAGCACGUGCAUAUUUAGAGUGAGAAUCGAUAGGAAACUUAAAAGCCCACCCUGUCGAGAAUGGGACAUCGAACAUGGGCUCAGACAGGAUUUUCCAACAUAA